ACUCCCUCCUCGUGUGCAGAGCAGAGGAUGAGUUGGAGCAGGGGAGGUGAAAGCGGAGCACUUAGUGAUUGACGUUGUGAUUGCACAGCCGAGGUUGAGCACGAGACGCCGGUAUCUCUCCAAAGCACUUCAUCACCGCAUGAGCGCGACUGAACAACACAACAUCUAUAGAGUGAAAUAUUUAAUAAUUACUCCAUUGGGUACGAGAAGAAAAAACAUCAGGAAACAAAUAUGUUUUACUUUCACUGUCCACCACAGUUAGAAGGAGAGUGCUGCAGGACCAACUCACUAAACACAAAUGGGUUUGGGAAUCACGCCUCUGGAGACUUUGAUGACGGUUUCCUGCGCAGAAAACAACGCAGAAACAGGACAACCUUCACUUUACAACAGCUGGAAGCUUUGGAGGCAGUUUUCGCACAGACUCACUAUCCAGACGUGUUUACAAGAGAAGAGCUGGCUAUGAAAAUAAACCUAACAGAGGCCCGUGUCCAGGUGUGGUUUCAAAAUCGAAGGGCAAAGUGGAGAAAAACCGAAAGAGGAACUUCAGACCAGGAGGGAGGCAAAGAACAAAUCAAUGAAGGCAACCCUCCUGCACGAAACCUCAACCAGUCUCCCGUUGACCACGGCAGAAAUAAAAAAGAACCGAUGGAAAUACAGCAAAAUAUAAACAGAGUGGUCGGAUCGGGUGGACCUUUUUUCCCAUCUUGCUUGCCUGGGACUCUGUUGAACACAGCUACUUAUGCACAAGCCUUGUCACAGGUGGCAACUUUAAAAGGAAGCCCACUGUGCUCUUGCUGUGUGCCGGACCCAAUGAGCCUCUCCUUCCUGCCGCCGUAUGGGUGCCAGAGUAACCGGACGGCCAGUGUGGCAACCCUGCGGAUGAAGGCCAGGGAACACUCUGAGGCAGUACUGCAGUCAGCCAAUCUGCUGGGGAUAGGGUCUACAGCCGGGCCUGGAGCAGCAGGGCCAGGGGUCGGGCUGGGCCAAAGCACUGUUGCUGCUGGAGGAAGCGAUCACAGUCCUAACUCUGGUAGCUCUAAGAUCACAUCCCAAAGAAGAACUCCUGACAAGCACCUGCACUGCCCAAAGGAGGGUCUGGAAAAGAAAUAAGGGAGUUUUAUUUUUUUCCACCUGGAGGACAUUGUUUGGAUGAAGGAUUUAUCAUUGAAUGCCUGCUGCCUCCUUUUUAAGCGCACUGACAUGCCGCGGACAGGACGGUGUUGAGUGCAUUCCAUUUAUGUGUAUUUUGCGUGUAUAUGUGUGUGUUAAACUAUUAAUUAAAUUGUAAUUUAUCUUUCAUUCUUAACUUUUGCUUAUUAUUCCUGGUUAACCUACCCGGUUAACCUAGUAUAUGUGGGCAGGUGGAAUUGUAAUUUAGCUUUUAUGGUGGAAUGACUCUAAACACAUCAUGUGUUAAAGGAAAAUUUCCCUGGUUGCCAAUGUGAAAUUAUUUUAUUUUUCACAAUCCACUUUAAUGUUUGACUUAUACUGCCUGGUGUACUGUGAAGUCAGGUGAUGGUAGACAUUGCAUUGUGUCGAGAUAUAUGAUAUGCUGAAAUAUAAAUGUACUAAUGUGAAAUAAUAUAUGUAAGAUAAGGACAGAAAUGUAUAUUAAGUGGUUUGUCAUGUUUUAUAAUAUAAUACCCAGAUUAAAUUCUUUUUCAUGCUGAUGUGAUGCCAACUGACACAUUUCUGGUAAUCACAUCUGCGCAGCCAUGAUAGACUGCAAGAGUCCACACACUGGUCCUGUUUUGACAUGUUCAAUGAAACAAUUAAACAU